CGGGGCCAGGCGAGUUGCGCGCGCAGGAGGCUAGCGCUGGUGGCAGGCCAAGAUGGCAGCGACCCUGUUCCGGGCUUCCCUGUGGGGCUGGAGAACCGGCGUCCAGCCGAGCUGCGGGCUACGGUACCUGAGCCAAAUCCAGGGGCCUCCUGAUUACCCCAGCUUUGUGGAAUCCGUGGAUGAAUACCAUUUUGUGGAGCGCCUGUUACCCCCUACCCGCAUCCCAGAGCCCCCAAAGCACAAACAUUAUCCCACUCCCAGUGGCUGGCAGCCCCCGAAAGACCCCCCACCCAACCUGCCCUACUUUGUGCGGCGCUCUCGGAUGCACAAUAUCCCUGUCUACAAAGACAUCACACAUGGAAACCGCCAGAUGACCAUGAUCCGGAAGGUGGAGGGGGACAUCUGGGCCCUACAGAAGGAUGUGGAGGAUUUUCUAAGGCCACUGCUGGGAAAGACACCCAUCACUCAGGUCAAUGAGGUGACCGGUACCCUGCGGGUCAAGGGCUACUUUGACCAGCAGCUCAAAGCCUGGCUCUUGGAGAAGGGCUUCUGAAACCCAGCUGAGCAGCCUGCAUGACAGCGUCCUCUACAGACUGGAGUCCAGGGGACCCCGGGAAGGGAUGGGUGCUAAAGCUGCUGGGAAAGGGGUACAGAGACCAAGGCUAAGGGCAAGGGCCAGCAGGGUGUGAGGGCAAAGGGCCUCAGGGUUAGGCCUUAUUUGCAUAAAGGGAGAACCGGGACCCUCCACCCAUGUGUCAGGACUGGGGAGGGCUUUCUGCUUUGGAGACCUGCCAGGAACAGCUGAGCUAAUGGCUUGUUCCUGCUUUCCCUUUAUUAGGGCUCCUUGGGCUCAGCUAUUUAAAUUCUGGGGUGGUGGUGACAACCUCUCUGGUGGAAGGAGUAGCCCACCAAGUUUAGAAGGGGUAGCACAGGGCAGACCAACUGGCUGCAUUUAUUUCCCAGCCCUCCCGAGCUCACUGCUGCAAACAUUCUCAAGCCCCUGCCCUAGGCCAGACCUGACUUAAUUGGAGGCUACAGACAGUACAGAUGACUCAGACAUAGGUCCUGGAGAUCUUAGAGUCCAGGUGCACCCCUGGGCAUGAGAGGUAGAGGGCCCAGCCAGGGUCUCUCUUUCCAUUCCAGAGCAGCAGAGUAGGGCCUGACCAGCUUUCCAAAAAAAACAAAAACCUGUUGUCUGGAAACUGAAGCUCCAGCAAAUUGUUUGCUUUGGUUGGCCUGGCCACAAGGGGGUGCUUGGGAGUUCCAGGAGCCCAGCAAGGGUGGACAGGGAUUUUGCAGGCAGGAAGAUGGCCUUUUGCCCUUGCUGUCCCAUUCCACCCCAAGCCAGCUAGCUUUCAUACUUGUCUAAGCCUGAGUUCCAUCCCGACCCUACCCCAGCCCAUCCUAGCAUCCAGCUGGCUAAGACACAGUUCAGAUCCUGGCUCCAGUACUUGAUCUCUGACCUAAGGCAAGAUACUUAAUCUCUUUGGGGCUCAGUUUCUCCCAGUGGAAGACGGGUAUAUCUUAGUAGUUUAAUGAUCAACACUGUCCAAGGACAGUGAUGUGCCCAGGUUUCCCUCCUGGAAACUCCAAGCCAUUCUCCAGUCUACAGCCUCAGCAAAGAAAUCGGGGCCCAACAAACCGAUCUUAUGACACCAGCCCCACCAGUUGUUAAUGCAAGUUUUUAUUUGGCCGUAUAUACCAUUUAAGCUAUUAAAAUUUGUACAAUAUUUACAAAUUAAAUAAUUAUCUGAAACUGUCUCCAGCAACUCUUGUAACACAAAACUGAGGGGAAAAAAGACAGGUAGGCAGGCCUGGGCUCCUGUGGUCCCUCCCUGGCCUGUAGCCUUUUCUCAACUGGACAGACCAGGAGCCUGGCACUCUUGCUCCUCCUUCCUGGGGUCAAGCAUUCAAAUUCAAAAGACAACGUUUAAGCCAAAAGACACUAGGAAGGAAGGAAUUCCAAUUCUUCUCAAAAAGUCCUGCAGGCCGAGAAGUGGCCUUCCUUCCAAUGAUGCUGGGGCUUGCAGUGGUUAAGAGCAGACACUAGUCCUCAACCCGCAGGGAGGCUGGGCAGUGGCUGCUGGAUGAGACUAGGUCAGUCUCCAUUGGAGAAGCGGCAUGGGAAGAGGAACCUGGGGGAUGGGCGGGGCAGGGUCCCUCAGUGCUUCCUGCCUGCCCCCCACCCCCAGGCACUCCUUUCCCUGAGUUGUGUGGUUGCCAGUAAGACAUGGAAAUGCCACAGGGCAUAGAGGGCACAGCCAACCACCACAAGCGGUUUCCGGGGAGAUGGGGUAAGAAAAGGAAAUCAGUACCAGUCUCGGUGGGUGGGCCAGGAAGCAAGAUCCUGGUCAACCUCCCUCCAGCCCCUCUGGAGUCCACACUGAGGAACGGGAGCGAAUACUGUUGGGCACUGCAGCGUGACUCCACACACACAAGUAGGGCUCAGAGGGGCUGCCCCUUCUCCCAGAAAGGGAUGGGAAGUAAGAGCUUCACAGAGGCGGAGCCUUUCUGCCCUCAUAGCCCAGCCAGGCCCCAGCAGAACACAGGGCUGAAGAGUGGGAGGAGGGCUGGGACUGACCCAAGAUCCCCACGGCUGCCUUGGACCAUAUGCCUGGAGUCAGCUGGGGACUCAGGCCUCUUUCUGCUUGGCUAGGGGAGGCCAUCUCCUCAUUCUCAGAGCUGGGGGUUACUUCUCCCUGGUGCAGACAGAGAGGGAGCUGGCACUUGGUGGCAGGACGUGUUCCAGCGAGGGCUGCUCAAGAGAGCGGGGGCAGGGACUGGGCCUGGGGCAGUGUCAGUGGGCAACAGGGGACUCCAACUUUUGUAGGCGGCGGCGGCGGAGCUCAGCUGCAUCAGGUUCCCCAUCUUCCGGCAGCUCCUCAGCGCCCACUGACUCUGGAGCUGGGGACAGAAGAGUCACAAGUGGAACCUGAAGCGUUCAUUCCCCUCCCCCCGCCCACCACCCAGAGGCUGACCACACGUACCUGGAGGCUUUUCAGUCUCAGGGGCUGGUGGGGAGGCUCCUGGGGAUGGAGUGGUGGCCUCGGAGCUGGGAAUGCUAGUGGAGGAGGCAGCAGCAACAUCUGUAGGGGCAGCCUCCUCAGUGGGGCUGACUGAUGUGGCAGGCCGGGGGGGCCUAGGAAGAGGAAAGAGGUGGGUGCUCCCAUGGCAUCCUGGACUGGGCUGAUUCUCCCGGCCCUUGGUGAGCCUGGCAGGGCAGAGUCCACCACUGAUGUGCCUAGUGACCAGCAGACACCAGGAACCUGUACUGACUGGAUUCCUGGAUGGGGCAGCUCAAGGGCUGAGUGGCUACAGACCACACACACAGAUGGUGAGCCACUUGUGGGCAGGGGCCUUGUUCACUGUUAAGCUGUACUCUUCACUCUGGGGUGCCAGGCAUCUUAGAGGGUAGCCACCUGUCAUGUACCCACUGAGUAAGUCAGAGUGCUCAGCCUUGGCUUCCAGCUCCACACAGCCUGGGCUGUUACCGCGGAUGCUAGGCACCCUGUACGUGUUAUCACAAGCAGGAAUUACAGCUCUCUUGUCAGCUAGGGUCAUGGAAUCACAAAGCCAGCAAGUUUGGGGAUCAGGACUAGACCUCAGGCCAGGGUGGCUCCAAAUGACUAUUAUUUGGUUUCCCAUUCCAGGGGCAGUGAUCACCAGUCACAGUGUCACCGUAUGUAGCAGGGUGUUACCUGAGGAACAAGCACUAGGAUUAUAAAUGAUUUGACUUCAGAAAAAUACAAACACGAUUCCAGACCAGCGCUCUAAUAAACAUCACUCCCACUUCCUUGCA